AUGGAGGAGACAUAUGACUGUUCAAACGACAGUCCAUCCCUCCAAAGCAUUCAGGAGGUAUUAUCCAUACAGGGAGUUGCACCCAAGGGAGCUACCCAUACUUUCGGAGAGCUCAUGGACGUUUCCGUGUCCGUCACCGCUUCAUAUCCACGGAGACAGGAUUCAUGA